UCUCCUAAUGACUUUUCUUCUUCCUCUAUUUGUCUUAAACCCUAUGUUCCUGUCUGUUCUAAGAACCUAACUAGACUUUUGUUUGUGUUUUUAAUUUUUCAGUUUGAAGCAACUUUGAAGAAACCUAAGAACUUAGGUAAGGCAGAGUCUAAGGAAUGUUUGAAGACCAGAGCGAAUCUAAAGAAGCGUAAGAAACAUGUGUUGAACGUUGGAAGAGUGACGAGGUUUAGCGAUCUUCCACUAGACUUGGUUGGCGAUAAGAUACUCUCCAAGCUUCCAAUAACGUCUCUUGGAGCGGUGCGUUCCACUUGCAAGUUAUGGAACGCUUUAUCCAGAGAAUGGAUCUUGAGUAACGCAGCAAAAUUAAAGCGGCAAGUUUUAGGUUUCAUGACGAUGGAUUACAAGAUCUAUUCAUUGAGAUUCCAUCUCCACAAAGACAAGUAUAGGGGAGUUUAUCAAUCUAGAAAGCAUAUAGAUAUACUUAAUCAAGUCGAGAUAUCCAAAGUCUUUCACUGCCACGGCUUAUUGUUAUGCGUACUCAAGGACAAGUCGAGGCUCGUGGUAUGGAACCCUUAUUUGGGGCAAACAAGGUGGAUUGAACCUAGAACAAAUUUCCAUAAAUGCGACAGGUAUGCUUUCGGGUAUGACAAGAACCGUAACCACAAAAUAUUGAGAUGUUUUGAUGAUUAUGACAUCAUCAACAAAAAACUCUCUUUCAUGGUCGAAAUCUACGACUUGAGAUCUCAUUCUUGGAAGGUUCUUGACGUUACUUCGGACUUGGCAAUAGAGUAUGAUGCUAACGGAGCGUCUUUGAAAGGAAAUACUUAUUUUUUUGCUCAAGAGGAGAUACCACCUGGUGAUGGAAGUAUAGUGGUAUCAGACCUUGAAGAUUUUUUAAUCUGUUUUGAUUUUACAAACGAGAGAUUUGGACAGCGUCUGCCUCUUCCGUUUCACUCUAGUUUACAAGAAGCUGUGACACUCUCUUGUGUUGGAGAAGAUCAGCUCGCCGUGCUAUAUGAAAGGUUGUAUACAAUAGGGACAUUGGAGUUUUGGGUUACUACUAAGAUUGAGCCCAACGCGGUGACUUGGAGCAAGUUUUUGAACGUAGAUAUGACACCACAUGAUGGUUAUUUGUCUCAUGUUGGGAGUUUCAUCAUUGACGAAGAGGAGAAAGCUGCAAUGGUUUUCGAUGGACGCAGAGACGACCAACCCUCAAAGACACGUCGGUACCACAGGGCUAUGACCGUUGGAGAUGGAUAUUGUGGAUUAUAUGAGGGUCUUAGAAAAUGUCCGACUGAGACUCGUCCCCCACUGGUGUGCUCGUCUUCUUAUCUUCCAAGCUUAGUGCAAAUCAACUAAGGAAAGAAAGAGAUGAUUUUUAAUUUACCUUUGUUUGUUUCUUGCAUGCUACUGUACUGACAUUUUCUACUUUGUUUUCUAUUCGUCUUCUAAUACAAUGUUCAAAGACUUCGGCCAUUGCAUGAUUUACCUUAUCCUUUAAUGCUUGUUAGACGUCAUAUAAUUUAUUUGGGUAAAAAAAAGAAGGGGAUCUAGCUUAUAAGGACAUGAUGACAUGAUUAACCCUGGGUUUUUAAUUGGGAUUUUUAACUCAUAAUUUGACAUUUUUUUUUACACUUUUCGAGACGGCUCUUAUGUCUUUUAUUUAAGAAAAGGUUCUUAGUUUUUCUUAGUUAAAAUUAAAAAAAAACUAAGAACCCUUUCUUAACCGUUUCUUAACCGAAGCUAAGAUCCUAAUUAAGAGAUUGAGGUUAAUCAUAAUCUAAGCAUGCAUAAGAAUCGACAUUGCAUGUAGAAGUUGAGAGGAUGAAGAGACUAGGACUAGACCGGCUAAUAAAAAAACUAGCCGCAAUCGUAGACAAAGCAGCAGCUGAAGCAAAGAAUAAUCGUCAAGCAGCUAAAAGAGAGAAACAUAAAUCGGACCUCGUGGUCUGGUGGUAAAGGAACCUCGGCUGAGGUGCCCGCCAUCACGAGUUCGAGCCCUGGCUACAACAGAUUUAACAUGGUUUUCGUUUGGCCUCCAGGACCUUCCUCGCCAGUUCCGGUUGGACGCGGUGGGAUAGUCGGAUUAAGUGAGAGGUCCGGAUAUCUAUAUUAUAUAAAAAAAAAAAGAAACAUUGAACAAAUCCGAAAAACAUGCAUAGUGCCUUCAUUGUUUUUCUUAUAACGACUAUUUUAUUGAUAUUAAGCUGAAUGUAUAUAAUCCUCAUACAGAGAAUUAUGAAUCAUUGUUGGUACAAAAUAAUGAGAUACAAAUAGCCUAUUGUUGUUGUUGUCUUAACAACAUUAUUAUAUGAAUUGUUUUAUAUUCA